AUGGCCAACAACAAAAUGCCAGUGCUAACCGAUAAAGAGUUCGACAAGCCGAAGGGAGAUCGACUGGUUUCUUCAUUGCCAGUUCGAAGACAACCAAAUAUGAACGAUAAUAUCGAUGAUGGUAUGUUAGAAACAUGUUUUAUGUAAAAAAACUUGUUCAUGUUGGGGAAGGCCUUUUGAAUUCUGGACUGACUGUUCUUGGAGAAAGUCUAUAAUGCAAUUUCUUCUUUAAGCAGUGUGUUUUUAAUUUCUGUUUUUAGAAUUCUUCAAGCUGGAUGAGGAAGAAGAAGAACAACAGAGGAGGCCUGUAAAUUACUACACAGAUGACAUUGAUCUUGCUGAUAACGAUGGUACGUGCACUAAAGAAAUUAUUAUUUUGCCUUUAGAUGCAUUCCUUAGCCGAGUAGAAGAAGAGGAUAUCGAAGAAGACAUUCCACGCACAGAGAGUCUGAUCGCUUCCAGUGUUCCCAUUGAUAUCGUUCGUCCUAAUCAUAAAACCAUCGAUGGAAUUGAUGGAUUAGCUCCCCUGAGGAAAAUUGACAAUGAUUUGAAUGAGGAGAACAACCAAAAGCUCGAAGAGGUAAUUAUUUUUCAGCAAAUGGUUGAAUAAGUCUGAUAGAUUGUGGCUAAGUUAUUCUUCAUAGAUUCUGAGUGUUCGAGAGCAGACGAUCUUCAAGAAUAUGCAACGUCUCUCUUUCUCCGUACAACCAGAAGAUGGCCCUGAACGUUUAUGGGGGGAUCAUGCUGAUUGGGAAGACGAAAGAAGAAGGAGAAGAUGUUCUUUCUCUACGAAGAAUAACGAGACCGACGGUGGAUAUCAUAAACCUGCUGAUCAUUUCAAGUUUGCAACGACUGCCCCGUCUAAUGGUCCUUUGAUUCACACACCAAAAGAAGCAUUUAUACUGAGGCCUAGUCACAACACCAUGGUCAAGACGCCUGGAUCGGUUGGUAUAUUUCUUGCUCUUUUACAUCAACUUCUUUUAAUAGACUGAAGAUUGAAUUUUGUUUUAGAUCAAGAAGCCGGGAUUUAUGACCUCCCAACCCUUCGGUUCUCAACGUCCUUUGCCCCGUCGUGAGGUGGAUCCUGAAAUUCAUCGAAUCGAGCCAGUAGUGGAACAUCAGCUGUCUUCCGCCGACCGAAAUGACGCCGAAAGUCGCCAUCGGACGGACACUGUGGACGGAGUUCAGCGACAUCCAAAAAUGUAA